UGAUGUCGAUAGCGGCUCUUCCGAUCCGGCCCAUGGCAGAUUUAAGCUAAACAUUGCAACGUGUUAUGGCCUUCAAAUAUUUGUAAUCUCAAUUUUAUGCCCUUAAAUGCAAAAAUGGCCCUGACAGUCGCAAAAGUGUUGGAAACGGCGCACUGCAGCGUGAAGGAAACUUUGAAGGAACUGACAGAAGCUCCUCUUGAGGAAGAAGAUGAAUCUGCACCUACACCUGAUAACUUUUGGCAAGAUGUUGGAGGUGCCACUCAACAAAUUGCAAGUGAAGUUGCUAAAUUGACUUUAGCACUCACCCAGCCUCCAAAACCUGCCGCUAGUAUUGCCCAGAGUAUUGUCAAUGGUGUUGAGGCUGCAUGGACCUCACUUGUGACUGCAUGCCGUAGAUCUCCUCCCAAAGGUAGCCUACUACGAAAGGAAUUGCGCACAGCUGUAUUACGUACUGGAGAAGCAUUGGCUACUUUACUAAAGGCAUUAAAAGCAGCUGAAAGUGGUCCUCAGUUGCAAAUGACUGGUUGUGUAUGGGAAGCCUGCUCUGCUUUAGAGAAGUUGCCAAGAGAUAAUUUAGCUGCUACACGAGCACUAUUAGCUAGAGAAGAAAUGCUUCUAACUGAUGCACUCCAAGAAAUUGAAGAGGAGGUGAAAUGUUCUCGUCUUUCUGAGAAUGAGGAGGUAGAUAAUUCAGCAAAUUGGACUAACCAAGAUAGAGAACUCUUGGCCCCGUGUGUGGGCCUUGUACGUACUGCUCGUGCAUCAAUUAAAAAGGUUUCAGAAGCGGUUCGCCUUAGAGGUAACUGCAAGGAACCUGGUGGAGCCCAGCAACUUGAUCGAUUGGCUGUUGCUGCAGAAAAGUUAAGCCCGGCUGUGGAUACUUUUGUCGCAGCUGUUUAUCCCCCCAUGAACAAAUCUGCUGUUAGUUCUACGGCUCUUUCUGUAGUGACAGUGGUGAGAGAAUUCCUUGAGCUAGCCAGACAAAGUGAUGUCACAGCAGAAAUGGAUAAUGAGUGGCUCAGUUUUCUGUUAAGAGCAGUCGAUCAUAAUAAUAACAAAGUUCAACCUCUUCUUUCCCCUGACUGAUGUACAUUCUAUUUUGUUUUUGUUUUUUUCAAAAAAUAAACUUUAAGCUAAUUUUUUUCUGAA